CAUACUUACAUUUGUUCGUGAAUUCGAUACACCUUCGAUGGUCAAAUUCUGUAAAUCGGAUGGCUCUUUCGGGCCUGCUGCCGGGGCAUGCCGUGGAGGCUUUGACCUCACGUUGACAUUCGAAGAAAGCAUGCUUGGGCUGCUACCCCAGAUUCUCCUCGUCCUGCUGGCUCCAGUGCGGCUUGUGACGCUGAGACGACGAAAAAUCAGAGUAGCCAAGACUUCGUACUUGGGUUUCCUUAAGUUGGUCACCACUACGCUGUAUGCCGCUUCCAGUGUCCUGCUGUUCGUCCUGUGGGUCCAGUUGGAGGGCUACAAGACUAAGACAUCAUUGGUAUCCGCGUCGUUCGAAUUGAUAUCCUCUCUCUUUAUUUUUCUGCUUUCGCGCUUUGAACAUACGCGUGCCUUGCGUCCCAGUCAUUUGUUACAAAUAUUUCUUCUUAUUUUGUUCCUUUGCAAUGCCAUCAGGUUACGUACUCUCUUCCUCAUGGGGUACAGCUCGCCCCUUGUCGUCUCGGCGUCAGUGCAUACCGGUUUGACUGGAGCCUUACUAUUACUGGAGUCUUUGAGCAAACGGAACUUGUUAUUAGAUAAGGGCCGGAGACUUUCCCCAGAGGAUACUAUUGGCCUCUUUGGCCAGAAGCUCUUCUGGUAUCUCAACGAUCUCUUCAAGCGAGGCUACCGGCAGAUUUUGAAGCCUCGGGAUCUCCACACGAUCGAGGAAGAGCUUGUCUCAGAGACUUUGCGCGAAACAUUCAUGAAUGCCUGGACAAUUAUUCCAAAUAAGAACAAAAAGCAUGCCCUUGCCGGAGUCGUAACAUCAGUCUUGAAAAGAGAUCUUUUAUUCCCUGUAUUACCGAGACUCCUCUCUAUGGGCACGACCUUGGCUCAGCCAUUCCUCAUCUCGGCCAUGGUUAGCUAUGUGCAAAAGCCCACGAACAGCAACACGAAAAACGAAGGCUAUGGCCUUAUUGCUGCAUUCGCUCUCGAUUACAUAGGCCUUGCUAUCUUCUCGUCAUGGUACACACAGAACGUGGCUCGCUUUUCCGUGAAGCUCCGAGGUGUGCUCGUCUCCACAAUAUACGAGAAAUCACUGCAUAUAUCAUCACAAGCAGUCAAUCUUGACUCAGCCACCGUUCUAAUGAAUGUUGAUGUUGAGAAGGUCGUGGAAGGGGUCAAAAACAUGCACGAAUUUUGGGCCACGAUUAUCAAUUCCGGAAUUGGCUUAUACAUCCUUUACACCCAUUUGGGUUCUGUCUUCGUUGCACCACUGGUCGUCUUUGUCCUUUCGACUAUCCUCUCUUCGGGUGCCGGCGGAGAAGUUGGAAAGCGACAGAUCAGUUGGGUAGCGGCAACUGAGAAACGCGUUACGAACAUCGCGUAUGCUGUUGCUUCUAUGAAGGGCAUCCGUAUGCUUGGCUUGACUGAAGUUGUCCAUCACAAACUUUCUUCUUUAAGAUACGACGAAGUUGUUGCACAGCGAUAUAUUCUGAAACUUUUAGCCCGCGUCUUCAUCAUCUCAAAUGUCCUGUUCCAGAUAACACUAUUUGUGUCCUAUAUCAUCUUUGCCGCAAUCGCACUGUCCAAAAAGAAACAGUUCGACUUCGAAGUUCUAUUCACCUCGCUUUCUGCAUUGAAACUCGUUACAUCACCAAUGCUUCUGGCUUUACAAAGCAUCCCUCAGGCUCAGAGUGCAGUUGCCUCGCUAGAGCGCAUUCAAGUAUACCUGACUACAAAAGAGCAUACACAUCCCACCGGGCAUGGUGAUGCGUUGACCCCCUCUCAAGAUGGUAUAGAGCUUGAAUCUAUUUCCCUCGUCGACAAGCCUACGUCGGAGGUCCCGGCGCCUUUGGAAAUACGCAAUGGCGCUUUUGAAACUCAACAAGGCCAAACAUUGCUGCAAGAUAUUGAUUUAAGAAUAAUGAAAGGGACGCUCACUUUGAUUAUUGGCAAGGUUGCUUCUGGAAAAUCAGUUCUUCUACAAUCUCUAGUCGGCGAAGUCAACAUAAGCCGUGGUCAGCUCAUCACACCAAAAACCGGCAUGUCAUUCUGUGCACAAGCUUCUUGGCUCCGAAACGCGACAUUACGAGACAAUAUCUUAGGAGAAAGCCCAUUCGAACAACACUGGUACGACAAUGUUUCUUGGGCAUGCGGGCUCCAGCACGACUUCAGAGAGCAAAAGUGGGGAGACCUUACGAAGGUUGGGUCACGCGGGAUAUCACUGAGCGGCGGCCAGAAGAACAGGAUCUCCCUCGCACGCGCACUUUAUGCACGGAAGCCUAUAUUGAUUAUCGACGACAUUUUGUCGGGUCUGGACAAUACGACGGAGAACUUGGUCUUUACUCGAGUCUUUGGAAAAGAUGGCUUGCUCCGCAAAGCUGGUUGCACCAUAAUCCUCGCUACGCAUUCUGCCCACUUCGCUCCGCAAGCAGAUCGGUUGAUUGUUUUGUCUGCGGGACGCAUUGUCGGCGAUGGGAGCUAUAACCAGCUUGCGGCUAAACAAGGAUUCCUCGAAGAACACAGUCUUCAUGAAAAGAGCUUAAGUGCUUCGCCUGAUGAUGUCGGUAAAGAGAGCAACUUUGGUAAACAUGAUGAUGCCGAAAUGACUAUGGCAAAUGUAGCGCCUGUUGAGGAAGAAGAGGAAGAGGAUAGACGAACCGGAGACAUGCGUACUCUGAUAUACUAUCUUGGUGCUAUAGGCAAGAAACAUAUCACAAUUUACACGGUACUCACCGUUCUUUCGACCAUUGCUACGACAGGACAAUAUGUAUAUUUGCAGGAACUGGCUAAAGCCAGCAAUACGGCGGCUUCUUUGAAGAGAGGCAUGAUAGUGUUCACCAUCCUUACUGUCAUCGAUGUUGCAGUGAUCUCGGUUUGGCUUGGCCAUUUUACACUCUUCUUCAUUAAACGUUCAAGCCUCUCCCUACAUGCCAAGCAGCUCGUUUCCCUCGUCCACGCCCGUUUUUCCUACCUCACUGCUACCGACAUCGGCAAUAUCACAAAUAUUUUCUCCCAGGAUAUUGUUCUCGUCGACCGACAACUUGUCUUUGCCUGGCUCAACACGACAGCCUCGAUUAUCGAACAAACUGCCCUUUUUGCUAUCACUAUCGCUGCUACGCCCCCAAUCGCUGCCCUUAUCCCAUUCCUUGGAUUGGUGUCUUACAUCAUCCAGCGCGUGUAUCUGCGCACAAGCAGACAAAUAAGGCUAAUGGACCUGGAAGCGAAAGCGCCACUGUGUACAAACUUUUUGGAAACGCUGGCUGGUAUCAUAACUAUCCGUGCAAUGGGAUGGAAUGAUGCCUACAGGGCCAGGAACAAGAAGCUGCUUGAUGAAAGCCAGGUUCCGUUCUACCUUUUAAACGCCAUCCAGAACUGGCUAAAGCUAGUGUUGGAGUUAAUGGUGGCAGGAUUGGUCGUUGUGCUUGUGGGAUUGGCAGUUGCGAUAAGGGACAAGAUCGAUGCUGGUUACCUCGGUCUCGCACUUGUCGGUGCGAUGGACCUUGGUGUCGCCGUCCGCAUCCUCGUCACCUCCUGGACAGAUCUCGAGACCGCCCUCAGUGCCGUCGCCAGAAUCCGUCGUUUUGCGACCAACACACCGCUGGAAGAGCAAGGCCUCCCGCCUCAGCCCGUUGACCAAGCAUGGCCAGCUAAUGGGUCCCUCGAAUUCCGCGACCUCGCAGCCGCCUAUUCUGAGGCCGGCACACCAGUCAUCAGAAAUAUCAACCUGUCCAUCGCACCCGGCGAAAAAGUCGGCAUUUGCGGUCGCACAGGCAGUGGCAAGUCGAGCCUAGUCGCAGCGCUGUUCGGCCUGCUGCACCGCACAGACGGCCAAAUUUGUAUCAAUGGCGUGCCGACAGACGCCGUGCUUCUGUCAGUUUUGAGAUCCAAGAUCGUGGCGCUGCCACAGGAGCCAUUCUUUUUACAGAGCAGCAGCGUACGCGCGAACUUAGUGCCGUGGCAGAUGCCGGGUGUAGUUGAUGAGAGGGAGACGCACGUCACUGAUGAGAGCAUGGUGCUGGCGUUGGAGAAAGUCGGGCUGUGGGGUAAGUUUGUAGAGGCGGCAGGGGCGGAGGGAAAUGUCUUGGAUAUGAGGCUGGAUAGUAUCGAUGCGCUGCUGAGCCAAGGGGAGAAACAGCUGUUUUGUCUGGCGAGAGCGACAUUGCAGACGGGGAAAAUUGUAGUGCUGGAUGAGGCGACCAGUAGUGUCGAUCCAGCAACCGACACGCUCAUGCAAAAAAUUCUCCGAGAAGCAUUUGCAGAUCGCACUGUUAUUGCCAUCGCUCAUCGUUUACACACAAUCCUCGAUUUUGACCGCGUUAUAGUUAUGGACCGCGGCGUUGUGGCUGAGGCUGGCGAGCCAGGUAUACUUAUGAAACAGGAGGGAAGCAUGUUCAAAGCACUGGUGGAGGGGUAAGGUAGAGUGUAAGACGAACAUGACAGGGAACGCUAGGGAGUUCUUCAA